CGUCUCGUCCGUUUUGGUUCGUUUGUGGGCAAUAUUCUUUCUCUCUCCGCGCGUGUGGCAGGCGCUAUCCAUGGCUUGCGGUUGCGGGGGAGAGUGCUCCAUCUUCCUCAACACCUCUUCUCCCCUCCUUUCUCAUCGGUCUCUUCCAACCAAACGGUUAAAAGACAGAGCCACUCAAUCAGUAGUAAUGGGGAUUACUAGAUGCAGAGUACAAGUACCCUUCUCUUUUCCAGGUAUUACAAGAAGCAACAAGAUUGAAGCAAUCCAACUACCAAAGGCAGAGGUGUCAGGAUCUAACUCUAACGUGAAGAAAGCUAAUUUGUUUGCUAGGCGGAAGGAAAGUGUCAAGCUGCCGAAUUAUGACGAUGGUUGUGGUGGGAAUUUGUAUCCCAUUAGCGCAUUUCUUAAUCAUCCUUCGGGGGUCGAAACCAUAUUGAACAAGGACGCCUUGCAAAGUCUUCAAUCCUUGGAUUCUAACACUUACAGGUGCACUUUGCAGAAAAUUCAACUUCUCAACUUUGAAGUGGCUCCUGUUUUGGAUUUACGAGUGACAACAACAAACGAAGAUUGCAUAGUUGAGAUGUUAUCUUGCAAGUUUGAGGGUUCAGAGGCCAUGGAAUGCCAGAAUGACCAUUUCUCAGCAUCCAUGGUAAAUCACAUGAAGUGGGAUGCAAGUACUUCUGAGCCAUCAUUGGAUGUGGACGUGAAGUUGAGUAUCACUCUUGAGUUCUGCUUUGUGUACCAUUUACAGAUAUAUACACGACCGUUCACUUUGCUUCCAGUGUCUGCUGUUGAGAACCCUGGAAAUUUAAUCAUGCAAAGACUGGUAGAUAAACUUGUUUCUCUACUUGUUGAGAGGCUACUCCAAGAUUAUGACAAGUGGGUUCAAGAGCAAUUAGAAAUUUCUCCAUGAAUGCCUCCAUAAUAUUUCACUUUCAGUAAGUUUCUGAAACUGUUGGCCUGCACUUUCUUGAGUAUUCUGUGCGUGGGUUUGUGAUCAAGUUGAUUCAGGUCUUCAAGAGAUUUUUUUCACUUUUCAUUCAUUUUGAUAUAACGAAUGGGUAUUGAGCUGAUAAUCACACAUAGUCUUAAGAUUGUAUGUGCGCCAUUUGUAGUGCUCUGCCUGCUUGUGUUUAUGGUUGCACAUCCAUGUGUAACAGGUUUUGGAAUAGUCCCUGAACCAAUUUCUUAUAACUGUAAUUUGGAAUUUUCACCUUGUAUGGUUAGCCCAUGCAACAUAUUA